GUCGAAGCGCGCCCCCAAUGUUCGCGCGCCUGCGAAUACCAGGGCCAUUGAUGCUGGUAAUUGGCGUCUGCUUGGGGCUCCUCUAUGCUCGGUUGUCCUCCAAUGUAUCGCAAGAAAAAGAAGUAUGGCGAGGUGGACACGCUUCGACGCUACACUCUAGCUUUGGGUCGUUCUCGCGUCAACCAAUAGCAAUCCCGACAUUAAAACAGCGAAAACGUGUCUUGGAUCUCCUUACGACCCUUACUCCGCAUUAUACUCGCGAAUGCACGCGCGGUGCACAACCGCUUUACAUUGAACAAGCUAUGGAACGAUACGCACCGCUCAUCGGUCACCAAAUGCCUUCGAGGAACUCAUGGCUAGGAGCACUCGGCCUCAAUCCUUUUGACGGUGCAGUUGAUGUUGAUGCGUAUCAACACGUUCCUCGGGACCUUGUCCCGCAGAAUCACAAGUACUUCUUCGCCAUCAACCUAUACAACUCGUUUGAUAUCAUACCGGAUUUAUUCGCGACUAUGUUCCGAGUCGGUUCUAUCGUGGGAUACCAGAAUAUCUUCAUUUCGAUAUACGAAAACGGGUCAAACGAUCAGACUCAAGCGCUCCUCCGAAUUUUCGACGCUCUGAUGCAUAGCGUCGGCAUGCGCGUUAUUAUCAAGUCAAGUAACAGGAAAAGGGGUAUUCAUGCACAUCGUAUCGAAUACCUCGCAGAAGUACGCAACGCCGCGAUGGCUCCGUUGUAUGAACUUCGAGAUUCUGAGAGCGAGUACUUCGAUACCGUUAUUUUCAUGAAUGAUAUUUUACCUUGCGUGGACGACCUGCUCGAGUUGAUCUGGCAGAGUCGGAGACAGAAUGCUGGAGUAACUUGUGCUGCUGACUAUAUGUAUCAUGAUGAGAUUCGACAACCCGUAUUCUACGAUAACUGGGUCGCCCGAGACAUUAACGGUACUGCACUCGAAAACACACCAUUCGAAGACGUCUUCCACCACCCUUCCUCAUCCGAAAGAUUCCAACGGCACCUACCCAUCCAAGUCCAAUCCUGCUGGAACGGAAUCGCCGUUCUCGACCCCGAACCACUCUACGCCGCUCCACACGUCCGAUUCCGCAUGGCUCGCAUCCAUCAAGGCGAAUGCAGUGCCUCCGAAUGCUCCUUACUUUGCAACGACUAUUGGGCAGCAGGAUACGGCCGAAUCGUCAUGGUCCCACGUGUGAAACUCGCAUACGACAAUAAAGUCUUCGAGAUCGUCCACCCUCCACGUCGGAACCUCUCAGCAAUACGAGGAUACACUCGUCUCGGUGGUUUACCAGAUAACCCACGCUCAGACCCACAAGAUCGAAGUUGGUUCGGACCGCAUGAUAGGUUAUUUGUAGAAGAAGAGUCGGACGAGCUGACGUUUGUGCCUGGACCGGAGUAUGUUUGGUGUUGGGGUUGGGAUGGUGCUGGUGACUUGGACGGACCAGAUGUGGAUCCGGUUUGGGAGAGUAUGCCAAACGCCUCAAUAAAGCCUGAUGCCGUGAGGGUGCGCCACAACAGGAGCUUCAAGAUGCAUUAAAGGAUGGUAUUCGUUUUCGUAGGGACUUUGAUGUUUGUUUGUUUUUCGAAAAUGUUCUGUUGCGAGUUUGGUAGGCAUACUGGGUUCGGUUCGUACGGACAAUUGUUGUUUGCAUACCACACUACUAUUGACUUUGAUAGUGGAUCUAGAUUUUUGUUACGGUAGUACCAACUGUAAAUUAUUCAUAGCAUAUCUCG